AAGCCCGUUGAGCAACCCGAGGCAACUGAGACAACUGAGGCAACUGAGGUGGCCGAGGUAGCUGAGGCCAAGGAGGCUGAGGAGGCUGAGGAGGCUGAGAAGACCGAGGAGACCGAGGAAACAGAAAAGAAGAACGGCGCCAACAUUCUCAAGACUACCGCCAAGAUUGACCGCGACAAUGCGGCAAACAACCGCAAGUUUGAUCCCUCUGUCCGACAAGUGACUGAUGACCCCGAGGAGAUCAGAAAGCAGGUUGAAUUUUACUUUGGCGACUGGAACUUCCCCCAGGACAAGUUCAUGUGGGAGACGUGCGGAGGAUCAGAGAACAAGCCCAUGCCGAUCGAAAAGAUUCACUCAUUCAAGCGUAUGCGCUGCUUCCAGCCCUACAGUGCCGUCGUUGCCGCACUCAGGGAGAGCAAGGUCCUUGAGGUGGUUGGAGAGGAGGGCAAGGAGGCCGUUAAGCGCAAGGUGCCCUACAAGCCCAUGCCCGCCGGCAAGGCUAAGGCCGAAGCUGCCACUGUCUACGUCAAGGGCUUUGGCGAUGAGCAGGCUGAUACUCAGUUCGAGCUGGAGACCUUCUUUGCCCAGUUCGGUGAAGUCAAUGGCCUGAAGCUCCGCCGCACCAACGAGAACCUCUUCAAGGGCUCCGUCUUUGUCACAUUUGCCGAUGAGGAGACCGCCAAGAAGUUCCUUGCCCUGGACCCUGCUCCCAAGUGGAAGGAUCACGACCUGAAGAUUAUGUCCAAGCACGACUACUGCGAGGAGAAGAGCGAGCUGAUCAAGCAGGGAAAGCUGACACCCAAUGGACCAUCGCAAAAGAAGUUUUACGAAGGCCGGGAUUUCGGCAAGAGGACCACCCGCAGCGGUGCAUCUGGAAAUCAGGAUGACUGGAAGAAGCGACGCGACCAAGACCAGAAGAGUGGCUUCAGAGGAGGCCGCGGAGGCGGCCGUGGUGGUCGUGGCCGUGGUGGUCGAGGUGGUCGUGGCCGAGGCGGCCGUGAUCGCGACUCAGGCCGACAGGAUCAAACUAACAUGGCCACUAGGAAACGCGUGGACGCUGCGGCUACCAACCUGAAGAGACCCCGAGAGGACGAUGGUGCUGCAGCCCCGGCUGCGAAGAAGGUUGAUACCAAGGCCGAGUGA